AUGAACCAUUCCAAAGCUGCAUCUUUCACAGAGUUUGAAAUUCUUGGAUUUUCAGGUCUUCAGGAGUACAAGACAUCUCUCUUCUUCGGAUUCCUCAUUUUGUUUUUAAUAACACUUACUGCAAAUCUGCUGAUUCUGCUGUUGGUUGUGUUAGACCACAGGCUCCACACACCCAUGUAUUAUUUCCUUUGGAAUUUGUCCUUGUUAGACUUAUUGAUUACAAUAGCAAUUAUACCAAAACUUCUAGCAGUUCUCUUAGAAAUGAACAAAACAAUUUCUUUUGCUGGAUGCUUUUUUCAGAUGUACUUUAUAAUUGCAGUUGGGGCAUCAGAACUGUUUUUGGUAGCUGCAAUGGCUUAUGACCGGUAUGUUGCUAUUGUGAAGCCUCUCCAGUACAACGUGAUUAUAGACAUGAAAUCAUGUCUCUCAAUAGUAGCCAUAGUGUGGUUACUGGGAUUUCUUGUUCCACUAGUCUCAAUAACCUGGGCAUCCUAUCUUCCAUUUUGUGCAUCCAAUAAAAUCUUGUAUUGUUUUUGUGACUAUUCAGUUGUAAUCGCCCUUACGUGUACUGAUGUGACUCUUCACACCAAUUUUGCACUAGGACUUGCUAUUGUUGUUGUCUUCAUUCCACUUCUUUUUGUGCUUUGGUCUUAUUACAGGAUUGUAAUUUCAGUUGUAAGACUUAAGGCAACUACUAGUCGAACGAAGGCCUUCUCAAUGUGCUCCUCACAUUUGCUCGUGGUGCUUACUUACUACAUUUCAACUGCCUUUCUUUAUAUAGGUUUACAAAUUGAAAGCAUUUCAUAUGAUGAUCGAGUUUUUAUUGGUGGUUUGAUCUAUUUCCUCACUCCAGUGGUAAAUCCUUUAAUUUAUAGUUUAAGAAAUGAAAAGAUGAAGGAAGCAGCAAAAAAAUACUUUAAUGUUUAUGCCCUAUUUCAACAAGGAUUGCGGUCAAGUGGCUGA